AUGGCACAUAGACACGCGUUUGAAGCUGUGGGUCGAACAAUAAGAGACCUAAUAGCGUUAGACGACGAGACUGCACUGACCAAGCCGUUGGGAGGUAAAACAGUUUUACUAGGAGGAGAUUUUAGGCAAAUAUUACAUGUUGUUCCCCAAGGAAGUCGCCAGGACACAGUACAAGCCUCCUUAAAUCGAUCACCACUGUGGGGUUUCUGUCAAAUAUUCAAGUUGUCAAUAAAUAUGAGGCUAAAACAGUCAGAUGCAGCUUUUGCUGCUUGGAUUUUAAAAGUGGGUGAUGGUAAUUCAGUGUCAGCAAGCACUACACCUGAUGAACAUGUUGGAGGGUGCAGAAUAGCUAUAGACGAAGGGUUAAUGCUGCCAAAUGGAGGAAACCAUCUACAAGCGAUUAUAAGUGCUGCUUAUCCAGCUUUCUCUCAAUUCUUCAAACAACAAAAGUACUUGACCGAGAGGGCGAUCCUUACUCCGCGGAAUCAGACUGUUCGUGAAAUUAAUGACUUCCAGCUAUCCAUGGUGCCAGGCGAGACUAAAGAGUAUUUAAGCUCUGAUUCACUCUAG